AGGAUUUUAUCAAGUAUCCAUUAUGUUUCAGUAAGGGGAAAAUCCUAAAUGAAAUGAACAUCCAUGUUGUUUUUUGAGGUAGAGUAGAAGAGUUACCACAUUCUACGGAAUUUGCUAGGAAAGAAUGUACUUUCGAUCUUGCUACCUAGGCAUUAUAGUCCAUGAUGUACUUUUAAUGCAUACGACCAAUAAAUGUAACCUUCACUUCUCUAGAAUUAUUCUAGCAAACUGUUCAUCAAUUAAUAGCAGCAGUAAUCAAUAUUUAGAGCUCGCAAUGUAUCUUGAUGAAUGUAAUUUGUUGACACAAGCGUUUGGUCGGCUUCUUGAUUGGAAGCUUCUUGUGAAGGCAGUAAAAAAUGAUGAUGGCUGCAUUUAUUAUUUUUGUGAAGAGGUUUGAAUACAUGUUCAGUGAGUGACAACAGAUUUCAUGUAGCCUUAAUUUUGUUAAUUGCAACACUUUUAGAAGCAGGAUGGAUUCAUGAGAGCUGCAUGCAUGAUUAGGAGAUACAAAUUUGGACAACUUCCAUGGAAUGGAUAACUAAAUCAGACAUGCACUGUUUUCAAUUUGUUAAAUUUUCUCUCAGACUUAUGAUGAUAUUUAGUAUGGAUGGCAUAAGUUUGUGCUAAAUUGAAGAUAUUACUAAAUCGAGGUGGAUAUGCCGUUGCAAAAUUGAAGGGUGUAUUCUUUAUUAUUAUCCUGUUAUUAUGAAUAAAUGAUGUCAACAAGCAGUGCAGGACUUGAGAUAACUCAUGAAAAUAAUGUGACUCAUGCUCAUAGUUUAUCGGUCAAAGAUUACUAUCCGGUCUUAGAAUAGCUUUUUGGCACUGAUUUUCUUGCACCUUAUAGAUAGAAUUUGAUGGAAAUGCUGUGUCUCCAAAACCCUUCUGGAUUCAGACUUAAUGAAGAAUCAAGCACAUUCUGCAUGAAUGUUAUAAUAAAUGUUGCAUAAAAUCUUAUGCCUUGCUUAUGUUCUUUGAUAAUUUGCAAGUUGACUGUACUAUCUGAAGUGCUUGAAUUUCAUAAAUUUUUUCCACACAACCCAUAAAGUUGUACAUUGUGAUGUUUCUUUCAAGUGCAACGAGCUAGUAUCAUAGCUUGUGCAACAUAUCUUUUGCAUGUCGUCUCUUUCAUUUGUUGAAUAGACCUUUUAGCAGAACACCUGAAGAAUCAAUAUUUGGAUCUCAUUAUUUUCAGAUAUUAAUGACAGAAAGGAAUAGUUUAUUAUUCCUGUUACUCUCUUAAUGGAGCUUUAGGUGGGAAGAUAUUAUUUAGUGCAAUAGAAUAUGCAUUCACUUGCAUUAUGUCUGUCUCUCUUCUUAUGGGCCUCGAAUGUCUCUCUCUCUUUCUUGUAUAUGGAUUCUCUUUUUUGAAUGCAGGUCAUUGUUUGCCUCAAAAGCCAUUCAGACUGGAGACUGCAUCAUGAAAGUUCCUUACAAUGUCCAACUAACACCAGAUGAUCUUUCUCCAAAAAUUAAAUCUUUGUUAGCUGAUGAAAUUGGAAAUAUUUCAAAGCUUGCUACUAUUAUUUUGUUUGAGCAAAGUAAGGGUCAGGAUUCUCAGUGGGCCCCUUAUAUUGGUUGUCUUCCUCAACCUGGAGAGAUUCAUAGCACUAUAUUUUGGGGUGAGAAUGAGUUUGAUAUGAUUCGAUGUAGCUCAAUCUAUCAGGAAACUAUUAAUCAAAAAGCUCAGAUAGAGAAGGAAUUUUUGGCAGUUAAGCAAGCUGUGAGACACUGUUCUGAAGUUCUUGAGAACACCACCCUGAAGGAUUUCAUGCACGCAUGCGCUUUAGUUGGAUCCCGGGCAUGGGGGAGCUCAAAGGGUUUAUCUCUGAUUCCAUUUGCAGAUUUUUUGAAUCAUGAAGGGAUUACUGAAGCAAUAGUAUUAAGUGACGAGGACAGACAGUUAUCAGAGGUUAUUGCUGAUCGUAAUUAUGCCCCUGGUGAAGAGGUAGUGAUACGAUAUGGAAGAUUCUCCAAUGCCACCCUAUUGCUUGACUUCGGGUUUACUCUUCCAUACAACAUCCAUGACCAGGUUCAGAUUGAAAUGAAGAUACCCAGUCAUGAUCCUUUGUGCCAAAUGAAGUUGGAGCUUAUGCAAAGACAUCAUCUGCGAACUGUCAAAGAUGUCAGUGAUUUCAACUCCUUCAGGAAUCCUUUCACAAUCAAGGAAGUAAAGUCUGCCACUGGGAAGGGAAAGGGUAUUCCACAAUCACUCCGUGCGUUUGCUCGUGUUCUGUGCUGCACCUCUAUCCAAGAACUAAAUGAACUGGCCAUGGAGGCUGUACAGAAUGACGGCCGACUAGCUCGGCGUCCUCUGAGGAUCUGCAGCAAAGAAAUCGAAGCACAUAAGAUCCUGUUAUCACACAUAACUCAAUUAAUUGAAGAAUAUAAUGUUUCACUAGAGUCCUUGGAGACAGUUAAUACCCCUUCUAUGUAUGGAAGAUUUGCUCUUCGAAAGCAAAUGGCCCGAGAUCUUCUUACAGGUGAACUGCGCAUUCUUAAAUCUGCAGCUGCAUGGCUAAGCAAUUACUGCACACUCGUUCAUCAUUGAUAGUGAUACAGUGAUUGUAAAAUCAUUCCAUUAUAGGCAGAGAAGAAGAGGUUUUGCAUGUUUACAAGUUGGUGACUCUUUUUGCGAUCAAUUCCAGCAUUUUUAACUGAUAUUUUAUUGACCUAUCUGAGAAUCACUAGCAACUCAGCCAAGUUACAUGAGCAACCCUCGUUCUUGAAUGGGCAAGGGGAGGAGAGGAAAAAGGUAAUGAGACUGUUUAGUUUGCACAGUGAAAACUAUUUUUCUUCACUGUCAUUUUCCAUUUUAAUGGUUCUCCCUCAACUAAUAUUUUAUUGUGAAGACUAAAUAAUUCCAUUCCUUUCUCCCCUUCCUCCCCCUCACCCCCGUCCCCAAGUAGAGCCUGGGCAUUUGGACAAUUAGCUUCAUACAAACUCUUAUUUCUGUUGCAAGCUGCUUGUGAACUUCAAGUUCUUGUUUAUGAGGCACUGAAUAAAGUUAUAUGCAUGGGAUCAUUUAUGCCCUGCUUAAUUCUA